AUGGAUCACAAGAACAACGUAGCUGUGGACAAGGUAUCUGAACUACUAGACUAUCUUCAACAACAUAUUCUGUCUUACCUUUCCAUCAAUGAAGUUUUUCAACCCUCAAUACUGUAUAAGAGAUGGAAACAUGUGUGGACUGUAGUCCCAGUUCUGAAAGUUCAUACAACCUUGUUUGGUUCUUCCGAGAUGAAGAAAAAUCUGGAUAUCCAGAGAAAGUUAUGGGACUUUUGUAUUUUUGUGGAAAAAACUUUAGGAAGGCAUUGUAAACAGAGGCUAACUAUAAAGGAAUUUUCACUUAUUCACUGCUUGGAUAAUCGCAAAUCGUUUUCUCUUGUUGAUCGUUGGAUUAACUAUGUGGUUAAGAGUGAUGUCAAAAAGUUGUCCCUAAUCUUUGUUCUAGGAUACUGUAUCUUUGAUGAAGAUUACUAUUAUGAAAGUGUAAUACCAUUCUCAUCAAAUACUUUGGCUCUGUCGGCAGUUAGUUACCAAAUGCAGGACAUUGCUCCUUGGAAUGUUGAAGAGAUUGAAUUUCUCGCAAAGCUGAGUAAUUCCAAACUAUUGACUUUGACAAUGAACUUAGCUAAGGAUAUGGUUAUAAGGUCAAGCAAUCGAAGAUAUUCUACUAAUAGCAUAUUCGGUUUACAAGGACCUGGGAAGGACACCAUAUCUUUCAAGUUCUCCUAUGAAAGGCCUAUUCUUGCCUUGUUGCAAACUCCUUCCAGUUCUGUGUUGAAGGCAUUGCCAAAAGUAUGUGAUAAUUGA